AGCUCAUUCCAUUCACCGGACUCAUACAGUUAACACAUAUUUCCUUAGCCCAAUAGCAACAGCAACAACAACAACUACAACUAUAACAAUAACCCAAAAGCUCAUUUUCUAAACUUCAAAUUCAACAUGUUGAUUGUUUGCAAAUUUGAUCCUUUCUAUGUUGGACCCUGCCCGCCCGGCGUGCUGGUGCCAGCCGGCAGAUGUUGUGGCUGCGGACCCUGCGGUGGCUGCGGACCCUGCGGUGGUUGCUGUGGACCCUGCGGUGGUGGCUGCUGCAGUUCCUCGCCUUGCGGCUGGUAGUGCUGCUCCAAGACACUGAAAUUCGCAUAAACAAAUUGACGACGAAUGGAUGGAUGGAUCGAACGAAAACUACGAUGUUAGUAAAACAUGUAACAUUUACGGCUAAGGAAAUAUGUGACUGUACUGCACGGUACUCUGUGUUCAAAAUUCUCAGUCGUAAGCAAAAUAUUUGA